GCCCGGCGCGAGCGCACACCCGGCCGCGCCCAGCACCCCACGCCGCCGCCGCCACCAGCCCCACCCGCCCGCGCGACAUGAGCGACGCGCCCGACACCACCGACCCCGCGCCGGCCGCGGCCUCGGCCCCGGCCCCCAGCGCCACCAGCCCCACCGGGGCGGCCCCGGCUCUGGCUCUGGCCCUGGCCCCAGCUCCGGCCGCGGACGCCAAGCCCAAGCCCGCCCCGGCGCCCCCCGCCAGUAGCAGCAGCAGCAGCAGCAGCGCUAGUGGAGACGCGGCCGCCGCCGCCCCGGGCCCCGCCGCCGACACCGAGAAGAAAGUGCUGGCUACUAAAGUUCUUGGCACUGUCAAGUGGUUCAAUGUCAGAAACGGAUAUGGAUUUAUCAACAGAAAUGAUACCAAAGAGGAUGUGUUUGUUCAUCAGACUGCAAUCAAGAAGAACAACCCACGGAAAUAUCUGCGCAGUGUUGGCGACGGAGAGACUGUAGAAUUUGACGUGGUUGAAGGAGAGAAGGGUGCAGAAGCAGCUAAUGUGACCGGUCCAGAUGGGGUCCCUGUAGAAGGCAGCCGCUAUGCUGCAGACCGACGUCGUUACCGACGUGGCUAUUAUGGCCGGCGUCGUGGACCACCUCGUAGCGGUAUUGAAGGAGAGAUCAAGGAUGGGAUCACAGAAGGAGCACAACUCCAACAGCCAAUCCAUCGGAAUCCCACUUAUCGGCCCCGCUACCGCAGAGGGCCCCCUCGUCCACGUCCUGCUCCAGUGGCUGGAGAGGCUGACAACAAGGAGAACCAGCAUGAGGCCAACGCUGUGAACCAGCAGUCACCUCGUCGUGGUUACCGUCGUCCAUAUAACUAUCGGCGUCGACCUCGCCCACCCAACGCUCCAUCUCAAGAUGGCAAAGAGACCAAGGUGGCCGAAACAUCAGCUGAGAACCCUGCUCCAGUGACCGAGCAGAGUGGUGCUGAGUAACAUUUGGCUCCCCAGACACCUUUUACCAUCCAUCAGGUGUCCUAAAGUGUAAUUAAAAAAAAAAAAAACCACCACCAAAGAAACAUCCAAGCAAUAAAACGAGAACAACAAUGAAAACCAGAUUUAAAACCUUCAAACUUAAAAGAAAUAACUAAAAUAUACCAGCAGCUGAGAUCCAGGGAACGCCUGCAAGAAAGAUGAAUGGAGAGAGAAAGAGAGCGAGAUUCAGAAAGAGCGACCUCCCCAGCUUCAGCGGCAACUGCAGGGUUUUUUCUUAGAAUUUCAUCAUUUUCUAGUAUUUUCUUUCAAAUUUUUCUUCUGGUAUCAGACUGAAAAAAAGAAAAGGGAAAAGACCCAACCAAAGAAAUGAAUUUUUAAGUCCCAUGCUUUUUUAAUGGACGCUGGUGCUAAAACCUCCCAGGUGUGAUGAGUUUUUUUUUUUUUUUUUUUUUCUCCUUUCUUUUUAUUUUGUGCCAGUCCUGCUUCAUUGUAGGACACGGGGAGGAGAAAUUUCCGCUUUCCUUGAUAAGAUCUAUUUGAAAAUGUUCAGCGUGGGUGACGUUCCUCACAAAUAAAAUGAUUCAACAUCCAGAAAGCAAACCAA